CACAUUCUCGCAUCCUCACUCCCUUUCUUAAUUUCUGUCCCUUCCUCCGCAGCCAAAACUACCAACUUCUCUCUCUCUCUCUCUCUCUCUCUCUCUCUCUCCAAGUCUCCAUUUUCUCUUCUGCAACAGGGUUUUGUUGAAGAAACAAGAUAAAAGACUUAAUCUUCUCUUGUGGGUUAUUACGUGCGCUGGGGUUUCUAAACUUUUUUCAACGACUUGAGCAGUUGGAAGAAGAAGAAAAAGUGAACAAAAUAAUCAGAAAGUCGCAGCCUUCGUGUACAAAGUGGUGUCUGUUGAUUGUCCCGUUCGGUACGCAAAUUCUGACGCUCCUGAUACGGCCCCUUCUCUUCUCCUCCUCCAUUUAUCUGUUCCUCCGAGCUUUCAUUUUUCUACAGAGCGACAGAAAAAUGGCGGAAAAUCCAAAGUUGGAUUCUGAUUCUGGGGAGGUUUAUGGAUUAGAAGAGAGAAUGGGAACCCAGAAAAUAUCGGUUUCGGAUCAUAUAAACGGGUUUCAUUACACCGCUGAUAAAUCUGACAGCUUCGUCAUCGACAUGGAAAGCUUCUCCCAUGGCGGCACCGAUAAAGAUGUCACUGCAAAUUCUAGAGUCUCGAUGCAGAGAAAUCUUUCCCGGAAAUGGUCUCAGAGAGGUGGGGAGAAGAAGAUAAUCUGCAAAGGAGAUUCAAACGACAAAGAAGUUUCAUCUACAACAUCCUCACCCGUCGGGUCUAGCACGCCUGAAAAGUCCCCACUAGCUGUUGGGACCAUAGAUCAGUCGAGCAACCCACACGUUCAUCAUCAGAUCACCGUCACCGCGGCCAACAUUGGCACCACCACCGAAGGGAGGUGCGUUGUCCGGAGAAAUAGUUUCCGGCGCUCUUCCUCGUGGGGCAUUGAUCCCAAGAGGGUUCUCCUCUUCUUUGCCACCAUGUCAAGCGUUGGAACAAUCUUACUCAUAUACUUCACGCUUUCAAUUGCCAAGUACAAUGCAGACGAGAACAGUCUGGAUUGGCAGCAAUGAUACAAGUUGUACACUUUCUAGUUGAAUUUAAGACACGAAACGAUCCAUGACGGAAAGGUAGCUAGCUAGUCCAAAAAAGCGGCUUCUUUCGACGAGAGAUAUGGUUUUUUGGAUCGAGAAAUGCUAACAACAUUCCAUCAGCAUGUCUUGGUACAGAAAUCCAAAACUCCUUUUUGAGGCACUUUAGAAAGUCUUAGAAGUGAAGACAAAGACAUACUGCAUUGUGACAAGGAGAAGGAAUCUUAACUUUUUUUUUUAUUUUUUUAUGUAGAUGGGUGAGAUCAAAACACAUGAUGUGUUCUUUGUUUGUAAAGUAUUUCUUUUCUCUACACAGAUUAAUGGGAGGAUCAGAAAGUCACUUCUUUUUUCGGUUCGCCUUCUCA